GAGUCCGGAAGACUGUACCGGGAAGGGGCUAGAACUGCGCAGCCAAUCGGGGCGACACUCUGGUCCUGCCGGGGGACUCGUGGGUAACUUGCUCUCGGGGACCAGCACCAUGGCGUCCGGCUGCAGGAUUGGCCCGUCCAUCCUUAACAGCGAUUUGGCCAACUUAGGGGCCGAGUGCCUCCGGAUGCUGGACUCUGGGGCCGAUUAUUUGCACCUGGAUGUAAUGGACGGGCAUUUUGUUCCCAACAUCACCUUUGGGCACCCUGUGGUAGAAAGCCUCCGAAAGCAGCUAGGCCAGGACCCUUUCUUUGAUAUGCACAUGAUGGUGUCCAGGCCGGAACAGUGGGUAAAACCAAUGGCUGUAGCAGGAGCCAAUCAAUACACCUUUCAUCUUGAGGCAACCGAAAACCCAGGGGCUUUGAUUAAAGACAUUCGGGAGAAUGGGAUGAAGGUUGGCCUUGCCAUCAAACCAGGAACUACAGUUGAGUAUUUGGCACCAUGGGCUAAUCAGAUAGAUAUGGCCUUGGUUAUGACAGUGGAACCUGGGUUUGGAGGGCAGAAAUUCAUGGAAGAUAUGAUGCCGAAGGUUCACUGGUUGAGAACGCAGUUCCCAUCUUUGGACAUAGAAGUUGAUGGUGGAGUAGGUCCUGACACCAUCCAUAAGUGUGCAGAGGCAGGAGCUAACAUGAUUGUGUCUGGCAGUGCCAUUAUGAGGAGCGAUGACCCCAGAUCUGUGAUCAACCUGUUAAGAAAUGUUUGCUCAGAAGCUGCUCAGAAACGUUCUCUUGAUCGAUGAAACCACAAGGAGUCCAGUGUUUAUGCUUAUGAAAUCUUUUUACUGGAAGACAAGAAUAUAGACAACCAAACCCUAUCACGGUUGAAGCAGUGCUAUUUUCCUGAGCAGCUGUUCAUUCCAGUGACUAAAAUCUAUUCUGCUGAAUGUUCCAAGAGGUUCGAAAUUGGUGUGUAUAACUACAUUUUUAGUGAUGGAAUUUAAAGAUGAGUGUGGUAAAAUACCAUUUUUACUGGGAGACUUGAUUUUUAUAAAGUACAAAUACGUCUGUAUUAAGGUUAUAAACAGAAAUGUGUCUUAAUGCCUAAUGAAGGCAUACUAGCUACUACGAAAAAAUGUUUUCUUCUGCAUUUUA